UCAUUCCAAUCUGACAAGAAGCGCUUCCUUCUGGCUGAUUUGGACAAGGAUGGGGCACUCUCUUUCGUUGAAUAUCGUGCCUUCUUAUUCCCAGUUAGUCAUCCGCAUAUGUCCGACUUUGAAGUUGAUCGAACACUGGAGGCUUAUGACAAAGAUAAGGAUAAUCUUGUCAGUUUGCAUGAAUUUCUCACCUACGAGGGGAUUUCUACAGAUUCUGUCAUCCAGGCGGAUGAAAAAUCGCUAUUUCAUAAAUUCGAUAAGAACCGUGACGGGUUUCUUCAACGUUCUGAAAUGGCUGAAUGGGUUGUUCCGGGUAUAGAAGAGGCGGCAAUAAGCGAAGCGGAUUCCUUGAUCAAGGAUUCCGACUCCAACAAAGAUGGAAUGCUUUCUAAAGAAGAGAUUCUUCGCAAGCAUCAUCUUUGGUUGGGUAGCCAGGCCACAAGAUAUGGAAAACAUCUCGAAGAUGAAUUGUGA